AUCUAAGCCGCCAAAGAUAUUUUUAUCUGAAAAUUCGAGUACUUUCCAGCAAAAAUCAAAUCUUUUCGUCAAAAUCCCAUUUUCCCUCCUUUGAUAUCUAUCUACAAAAUUUUUAAAUUAUUACCAUAGUAAUCCCUCUCAGCAAACUGGACCUUAACUCCGCCUUUUUACCUCUCCUAUAAAUAAGCUUCCAUUUCACACACGAACUGAGAUUGGAAGGGUGACUAGGUUUUUUUUUGUCUGCUUAUAAUACUACCUUGGAUUCCUUUUUACAACACCAGUUUCAACAACUAUUUAAUUCUUUGCCUUUUCUCCUAAGGUUUGCCCUCAAUUUAUAUUCAUAGAUUCUCAGUUCAUUGGGAUUGUGUUCUAGAUUUAUUGGCCGGGUCUCUGUCUUUGAGUUGUUUUGAGUUACCUUAGGUCGGAACUGAAUUUGGGUUCUUCCUAAUUUGUGAUUGAUUUGAUUCUUUUGGUGCAAAAAUCAGAUCUUGGAGGUUGGGUCUUUGUGUGAAGCGUGUGAAAAGAAAAAAAAAGAGAGAAGAAAUGGCUUGGGGUACCAAUUGCGGUUAUUGUUUCCAGGCAGGAAAUGAAGGGUAUGGAAUGGGUCUGGUAAGGAGUUCUUCAUUUGGGAGGAAAAGGGUUUCUUUAGCAUCAAAUGGGAUGAUGAAUAUUGAUUGUUUCGAACAAACUCCCCUCAAGAGACAGUGCAGUUUUGAGGCUUCGUUUCUAUAUUCAGACAAGUCUCCAUUGGAGGAACUACCUCAAGAAGUUCUGAUUAAGAUAAUUUGUGGGGUUGACCAUGAUGAUCUCAAGAGGCUUUUCUUUGUGUCAAAGUCUGUGAGAGAUGCGACUGUGAUUGCAAAGCAUGAGCACUUUGAAUACAAGACACCAAGGAAAACACUUGGUUUUUCAAAUGCUGCUGAUAUGGAGGAUUCCGGUGAGUUCAAUGAGGUUGAACGAGCUCCAAAACAAGUGAGGAUCCGAAAGUCCAGAUUGAACUUCGAGAAGAUGUCCGAUAUCGCAGUGGCCUUGUUUUCCCCAGAAGGUGAAGAUAGAUGGCCACGAAGGGAGCUAUUUAUGGAGGCCUAAAAUAGAAUCACUAUCUUGUUUGUGAUAAACUGUUGGAUGCUUCUGUGUAUAGUCAGUCCCUUUGUUGUAUAAUUAGUAAUUUAUAAUAGCAGAAGAUACAUAGAAAAGAAGGCAAUAGGAAAAUCUGAUUAGGCCUGUCAGGUUUGACAGAACAAUCUCUACAAGCCCCCGUUUCUUCAACUUGAUCAUUGAAGAUGUAUUUGGCUUGUUUAUACUUGUUUGUACAUGUAAUGGUUUUCUAGGGAUUUUGAUAAAGGAGCUGGGCUGCUGGCCGCCCUUAGUUUGCCAAAAGGUUGUAUAUAUAUGAGAUCUGAUGCUUUUCAAUGUAUCUCAUCAUUCAAGUUGGUUGAAUGGAAACAAUGAUUUCAUAAAUUUAUUGCUGCUCAUUUUUUAUUUUCAUGUUCAUUUCUAGUGUUUCGUUCCCUCUUGUAGUAUAUGUUUUUACUAGAAUGCUUUUGAGUUAUUUUUCAGUCAUGAAGGGACAAGCACUCAAACGAAACGAG